CCAUAGGGUUAUAAACCCCUUAGCUGCAACCUUCCGGCAAUGGGCCGUGGUCUUAAAACCAUAACUCACUGUCACCUCAAAAUCCUUGUGAGACCAGAUCACGGGUACAACCUACUAGGAAAUCCUUAAACCAUUUUAGGAAGUACUAAGACUUUCUAGCCUCAAUAGCAUUCUAUUUGUUGGCACCUUGUCAAAUGCCUUACUGAGGUCUGUGUAGACAACGUCCACUGAGUUUCCGUUGUCUAGAGCCUUUAUCCAGUAGUCCCUUACCAUAAGGAGUUUUGUUGUGUAAGAUAAAUAUUUUCUGAAACCAUGUUGUUCAUUGUUUGACAAAUGUCAUUAUGGUCUGUUUGACUGUUCUUUCCAGUAUUUUGAUCACAACACUGGUGAGGCUGACAGGUCUGUAGUUCGGUGGAAGUUGUCUUGGUCCUGUUUUAUGUAUGGGAGUGACGAUCGCAUCCUUCCAGUCCAUAGGUAACACACCUCGGUCAAGUGACAAAUUGAAAAUCACGAUGGAUUUGUGAUCGUUUUGGGAAAUAUUCUUAACAUUUAAUUCACAAGAUGGAGAUGGCUGAUUCGAAUUGUGUUGAUUUUCUACCUACUCCAAACUGUGUAUAUACACUUAAUGAAGUCACAGAUGUACAGUCCAAUUUCGUUCCAACCAAAGUAGCUAGUCAAGUUGAUACUCAGAAUUACGUAUCAGAUGAACUUUCAGCUACAUAUACUGGAUUGUGCUGCUCCAUAUGUCACUGUUUUUUCAAUUCUCCCGAUCAAAUGUCUAGACACUUGAAUAUCCAUAAUACCGGCAAACCAUAUGUUUGUUCUCAUUGUAAUGCUUCAUUUAACCAAGCUGAGAAUUUGUAUGUACAUAUUUCAUUAUAUCACACAAUAUGUGAAAAUCAAGACCAUUACAAUUGCUGUUUAUGUGACAAGCGAUUCCUUCGUUUUACUGCAUACAAAUCACACUUGUUACUACAUCAAAUCGACGAGAAUUUUAUUUGUUCCGUUUGUCAACAGUCGUUCGAAUCAGUCACAUUGUAUGAAAAGCAUCUACAUGCAUGCACAAAAACCAUUGUCAUUAAUAAACCUCCAUCUCAAUAUCGAUGUCGAGUUUGUGGAAUGCUUUUAUCUUCUGUUGGUAAAAUUAAACAACAUUAUCGCCGUAGGCACCCUUGUUAUCGUUCACAUCCUAUCGAAAAUCCUAGGGUAAUCACAGAAACUAAUCUGGAACCAUCGACAGAUAUAAAUGCAGGAAAUAUCAGAAGUAGCAAACUCCGUGCUACUGGUCACCUUUCAACUAUAAUAAAAAGGGGCCAGCGUCAAAGUAAGAACUCGCUUUCUAUGUUGGAUCAGCUCAUUUAUCAACUUCCUGCUGAACAACCAAUUAUCCAGGACAGUUCUCAUGCAAUAAAAUCGAAUCACAAAAAGCGAAAAACUCCCUAUUUGUGUUCAGUAUGCCAUAAAAAAUUUGUCAAACCAUCCUUACUUAAACGUCAUAUGACAAUCCAUACAAAAAAUAAAUCUUACGAGUGUGUAUUAUGUCACGCUAGAUUCACCCAAAAAUCUUCCGCAAAAACACAUGUACUUCUUCAUAUUAGUGCAUUGAAUAUCCAUCCAAGCUACCAGUCCACAGAAAAUGGCAUAGAUUCAUCGCUCCCCGUGUUGGCUGUAAAUAAUGAAUCACAGGAUAGUGUUACAAACAGAUUACCUUGUUUAGAUUCUCAUUUGAAUUCUGGUAUUGAAAUCUUGACUUUUCCGAAUGAUAAUGAUACUUUAAACUGUACAACUCUGCCACAUAAUUCUGUUGUGUUGCAGUCAUUUAUUCCUCAGUAUCAUGCAACGGAAAGUAACUUGAAUCGAAUAAGACCUGAUCACGCUGACCACAAUCUUAUUCCCACAGUUUCUAACUCAAAUCUUGAAAUGGAUUAUUCUUAUCUCCAAAUGUUUAGUUGUCCAGUGUGUUAUAAAAGAUUUCAACUGUCUAGAAGCCUGAGAGUACACAUGCUACGUCAUUCUAUGGUUGGCUGUAAAAGCUGCGAACAGACCCCAAUUUCUCAAAACUCAAUUCAGCCGAAAAAUACUCAAAAUAGGUUGAAUACCAAACCAUGUGAUAAAUCUAAAAAAUCUUGUUCAAGAAAGCUCUUACAUAGAUUUCAUCGUUGUAUUCAUUGCUUCAAGGUUUUUCGAUCUGUAAAUCGCUUAAAAAUGCAUAUUUACAAAACCCACCAUGGGAGGUGUACUGUAUUUAUGUGUAGCAAAUGUCCUCGUAGAUUUAUAUCCAGCCUGGGUUUAAAAAGACAUGUGAAUCUACGUCAUCGUUGUGUUAAAAGUAACAAUAUCUGUCCUAUAUGUCAAACUUUGUUUUUGAAUUUGUCAGCAUUAAAGCGUCAUAUGGACAUACAUUCUAGUGAGCGGCUGUUCAGCUGCUAUAUAUGCCACAAGAGAUUUCAGUUCCUUCAUUCUUGUCGUAAGCAUCUACUUAACCACUCCAUUAUCAAACGUAGUAAAAAACAAAAACACGGUGUACGAAAAUUGUCGGAAUCUUGCGCAUCUGAUAUGGUAACGAUUCCUAAAUACCCUGUUCUCCAGACUGUGAUUAUAGAUAGCUCAUCUAAAUCAAAAGAUGCAGGUUCGUACUCGGAUCCCAACAUUACCGCAAGUGACUUUAUGAAUACAGUUGAAAAGUGUUCUUUAUAUAAUAAUACAGGUCCAAAUACCUUUAGAUCAGAUGGUCUAUCAGUUGUAGUUCAUGUCCAAUCGCCGUCAAAUAAUGCAAGUAAUAUUUUUGUCCCAUUACCGGAAUCAGUUUCCCAACAUCAAACUCUCGAUUUUCCUACUGUAAACAAUCUCAGAGAUAACUUAAAUAACCUCGAAAAUUCAGAAAUGAUCAGCGUAGCCGCUAAACCUUACAGCGAAUUCUCACAACACCAAACAGGUCUUUGGAUCGAUUCUUCAGUUGAAAACCAAUCUUACUGUGUCCCAAACAUUCCACCAAGUGAAGUAAAUCAAACUAUUGAUUUGUUGGUCAUUGAUGGAUCUCAAGCAUUUAGCUCAAGAGAAGUACCUACUGAGGGUUCACUUGAUGCCUACGAAGAACCUGUUUUAUUGGCUCCAGAUAAUGUAGAUUCCUCGAAAUUCCCUUCAAAUCUCAACAUUGACCCUUUAUUUAAUACUCAGUCUUUUAUGUGUGCUGUUGAACCGUUAGAUAAAGACCUGACAACUAAUACUUGUUAUGCCUCAAGUACAUAUACAACUAACAUAAAUACUGCUGUUUCGGUAGUGAAUGAUUGCAAUCAAGCUAGUAAUACUAAUCCUGAUUAUAAAACUCCUCGACCUUCCGAAAGGACAUGUUUAAAUGUUGACAAAUCAUGUUCAUUUGAAAAAGAAACCUCUGACAUCAUUGAAUCAAAUUCAUUCCCAAUUUUGUCGACACAGCAGCUGUAUGGAUGUGGGUUAUGCAAAAUGGUGUAUGAAGAUGCAGAAAGUUUACUUCAGCAUAAUCGUAUAUCUCACAAUAAUGUUCCGAAGUCAUUUUCAUGUUCUAGUUGUCCACGUAGUUUUACAAAUCCAACUCUACUUCUUAGUCAUUCGCGUAUACAUAAUCCAGAAUAUGAUGGGAUACUGAACUGUCCUUUGUGUCCCAUGUCCGUAUUCACCAAGCAGUCGGCUCUUAGUCGCCAUAUUAUCUAUUGUCAUCCACUGCCUCUCUCAGAACCGUUUAUGUGCUCAAACUGUGGCAUACGAUUCAUGAUGCUUCGUAGUCUAAAAUCUCAUGUAAAUAAUAUUUUGAAUGGUUUUGAUAUAUGUGUAUGUAAGUCAACAUUCGAACAACAAGAAAGUACCAAUAAUACGAUUAAUAAUGAACUACUGAAUGGUAAAAAUGCAAGUAAAUUCAACAACACGUCUAGUUUAAAGAGAAACACUCAUCAUAUAUCAAGUUUGUCCUCUAAUUUGGUUGACGAAAUAGCAAAGUUACAACCAUCAAAUCAUUUGUCUUUAUCGGAAAAAUAUUUAAUUAAAGUGAGUUCAAUUUAGCAUUAAAUCAAGAGCUACUGUUUCACGUCAUAUAAAAAUAUUAUGUCUAGUCUACUCUGAUCCUGUUUUUAAGCUGCUAGAGAACGCGUUGAAAACACUGUUAGUUUUCCAAAAGUACUGAUAGAUUCACACUCACUGAACCACCAGUCUAGCUUCCCAGUCAGUGGAAAUAUUUGUAAUAUAUGUAAUAAAAACUUUACAAAAAAAUCAGACCUUCGAUAUCACCUCAAUGUACAUUCUGGAAUUCGACCAUAUGAAUGUGAUAAAUGCCAUCGACGGUUUAUGAAACAUUCUCAACUUCGUCAACACAAAUUUAAAGUACACGAAUUAAAUAUGUCUAAAAUAGUCAUGACAUCGAAAAAGAAGGCAUUAAUGAAACAUGCACUUUUCUGUCAUUUAUGCGGUUUUGGAUUUUCCUCUAGAAGCAGUCUACGCUUACAUGUAAGAUUACAUACUGGUACUCGAGGUUAUGGUUGUCCAUAUUGUAAUUCUGUUUUUCAUAACCCUAGUCAUAGAAAACGUCACUUACUCAAUUGUAAAGCGAGACGUCAAAGCAGCAACGAAUUGAAUCCUGCUAAUUUUUCGUCCACUUUGGAUAAUAAUAUUUUUUCAAAUAAUGUUAUGAACAUAAAUCAUUCUGAAGAGGAAACUAUUAGUGAAGCACAUCAAAUGAAUCGUUCUUUUAAAGAUUGUAUCUGUGACAAUGGGGUUUCUGAACACUGUACUAAAUGUACUCUUUAUUUGGAUAUAUUAUUAUACUCGGAAGAAAUACCAACGAAUGAUAAGGUGAUUAACAACCAAGUUUUAGAUGUACCAAAUAAUUCUGGUUCCGAACCAGUCGAUAUGUCAACGGUUUAUCUUGAAAUCACGGACCAUGAUAUUGAUAACAAUCCUGAAAAACCCUUUAUAAGUCAAAAUAUUCCAGACACCAUUGAUAUUGUAGAUGGCCAACAGUGCCAAUAUCUUUUAGCCUCAACUUGUGAUAUGACUGAACUCAACCAACAUUUUAUUCCUAUCAAUAAUAACUUGGACAAUGCAAUUAAUAUCCAUGAUAGUAAUAAUGAUAUAAGUAACGACACUAAUUCGGUUGUUUUGUAUUCAGAUGAAAAUAUAUUUGAUUUUGUACCAUGUGAAGAUAUUUACUCUAAUAAUACUCUACAUAAUAAUCCUGAAUACUUGACUACUGCUUUAGGAAAUGAACCGAUAAAUUCUUCCACAAACACUAUUACUACUGAUAAUGCAAUUAUAAGUAGUCAUAACCAUGGUGAUGAUAAUAAUAAUCUAACCACUCAUCUGACAAAAGUUAAAUCCAAUCAUAAUAAAAAAUUUCAACGUUUAUUCAGUUGUACUAUAUGUCAUAAAACAUUUACUAAAAAUUCAUCAUUAACUAGACAUGAACGAAUUCAUAAUAUGAUUAAACCUUUUAUUUGUCGUUAUUGUAAUGCUAGUUUUACACAAAGUUUCAGUUUAACUAGUCAUGAAUUAAUACAUAUCGGGGAAAAACCAUAUCAAUGUUCACAAUGUAAUGCUAGUUUUCGUCAAUCAUGUAAUUUAAAAAGGCAUUUAAAAUUAAUUCAUAAAUAAAUGUAUAUUAUAUAUAUACAGCAUAAUAGUCAGCUUUUUUUCCUUUUAAUAAAUUGAUGGAUGGAGUUAUACUUUUAUAAUGUAUAUUUAGAUUGAAUAUUUAAUGUGUUAUUUUGAAUCGGAUAUCCAUAUUUGAAUGUUAUACAUUCAAAUGAAACUAUUGAUGAUACAUAAUGAUGUGAAGGAAUUGAUGAAUACCAGUACUUGAUUGUGAUAAAUCAUAAUUAGAUUGUAAAAUACGUUUAUAUUAACUUUUUCUAUCUCUAUCUCUCCAUUUCACUAUCUAUGUAUGUCUGUAAAUAGAUAAAUCACUAUGUUUUGUAUUACGGUUUAUUUGUGUAUAAAAGUUUGAAAAAAAAUAUAUGACACUAGUCAUAUGUUUUACUCUGUAAUCAUUUUAAUAUUAAGUAGUUAAUUUGAUUAGUUCCUAAACUUGAUCCAGAUCGAUUUUUGAUAUAUACUAUAUUCAUUGGAUUUUGUAUUGUAUGUCUUAAAAUAUUGUUUAAUUAAUUGUUUUUGAAAUGUAUAAUCUGCCACCAGAUAAGGAUGGCAAAUCAAUUAAUGAAGUAGUGAAACUUCAUCAGUUGAGAUGGCUGGGACACGUGUUACGUAUGCCUAACCAUCGACUGCCUCAACGUGCGAUGUUCAAUGGUAUAGGAGUAGGUUGGAAGAAAGCUAGGGGCAGCCAGACUAAAACAUGGCACAAGUCCAUGAAUUCACUGACAAGUGAACUGAGUCAUGUUAGUAGGUGUAGACUGCCUAGUUGGGGACCGAGAGAUGAUAGCAACCGAUGGUUAGAGACCUUGAAUGACAUGGCUCAAAAUCGUUUGCAAUAGCGCAGGUGCAUCCACUCUUUGUGUUCUCCCAAAUUCUAAUCUUCCGAACUCUUCAUGUCCCUUUUUUCCUCUUUCCAAAUUUAUUUCACUGGAUUAUACUCCUUAAAUAACAUCUUCAAACCCUAAUCUUUCCGAUUACUGCUUAUACUCUUACCGCCUCUAUCACUACGGGAUUUGGAUCGACAACUGCAUCUCUGUGCGUCGCUUACAUCAUUCACCUAUGCUACAAAUCUUCACUAUUUCUGCAUUAAUUUUGGUUAAAAUAAACAUCAACACUUAGUAAAUGCAAAAAGUGAUUUCUUUUCACUGACUAUAUGAUCAAGCUUUACAUAUUAUGAACAAUAAAUUGUUGUGAAUGUGAAAUGAGAGAUUUUAAUACUAAGUCAUACAACAGAAAUAACAUUAAAGAUUCCAUGGCAUCUGUGGUGAAAUGAAUCGUAUUUUGUAUGUCAGAUUAAUCGGUUUCAUAAAAUAUUGCUAAAGAAUUAAACAAUGAUCUAUGGUUACGAAACUAAACGCAUAACAUCUGUUUAAAUUUACAACUCAGGAUAAAUUAUCAUUAGUCAAUGAUGAUGAAAAUAUUUCCUCUGUUGACUGUUCCGAUAAUUCAUCAUUGCAGUUUUAUAAAAUAUUAUUUCUCUUCCAUUGUAUUUUAUUUUUAUUUUAUUUGAAC